GCCCCUUCCCCGGCCGGCGCUCCCGUUACGCCGCGGAGCCGGGAGCCGGAGCCCGAGCCCGCGGCGGCAGCCGGAGGCGGCGAGGGGGCGCCCCGGCGGCGGCGGCGGGCGCGGCGGGGCCUGCGGGGCCUGCGGGGCCUGCGGGCGGGCGGGCCGGGCCCGGCCAGGCCGCGAUGGCGACCAAGAAGGCGGGCUCGCGGCUGGAGACGGAGAUCGAGCGCUGCCGCUCCGAGUGCCAAUGGGAGCGGAUCCCCGAGCUCGUCAAGCAGCUGUCGGCCAAGCUCAUCGCCAACGAUGACAUGGCCGAGCUCCUCCUCGGGGAAUCCAAGCUGGAGCAGUUCUUGAAGGAGCACCCUCUGCGGCAGGGGUCCAGCCCCCGGGGCCCCCGGCCGCAGCUCACUGAGGUCCGCAAGCAUCUCACUGCUGCCCUGGACCGAGGGAACCUCAAGUCAGAAUUCCUACAAGAAUCCAAUCUGAUCAUGGCCAAGUUGAAUUAUGUGGAAGGCGAUUAUAAGGAAGCCCUGAACAUCUAUGCACGGGUAGGCCUGGACGACCUGCCACUGGUGGCCGCGCCUCCCUACCGGCUGCGGGUGAUCGCUGAGGCCUACGCUACCAAAGGACUUUGUUUAGAGAAGCUGCCUAUCUCAUCUUCCACCAGUAAUCUCCACGUGGACCGGGAACAGGACAUUAUCACCUGUUAUGAGAAAGCUGGGGACAUCGCCCUCCUGUACCUCCAGGAGAUAGAAAGGGUAAUACUUUCUAAUAUUCAGAACAGAAGCCCCAAGCCUGGCCCUGCUCCCCACGAUCAAGAACUAGGGUUUUUCCUAGAGACAGGACUUCAGAGAGCCCAUGUCCUCUAUUUCAAAAAUGGGAACUUGACAAGAGGAGUUGGGAGGUUCCGAGAGCUCCUCAGAGCGGUGGAAACGAGGACCACGCAGAACCUGCGCAUGACGAUAGCCAGGCAACUGGCGGAGAUCCUGCUGCGGGGCAUGUGUGAGCAGAGCUACUGGAACCCUCUGGAGAGCCCUCCCUGCCAGUCGCCUCUGGAUGACCCUCUCCGGAAAGGAGCGAACACAAAUACCUACACCCUCACUCGGAGAGCCCGGGUCUACUCAGGAGAGAACAUAUUUUGUCCUCAAGAAAACACUGAAGAAGCCCUGCUGUUACUGCUGAUCAGUGAGUCCAUGGCCAACCGGGAUGCUGUGCUGAGCAGGAUCCCCGAACACAAGAGCGACCGCCUCAUCAGCCUGCAGAGCGCAUCCGUGGUCUACGACUUGCUGACCAUCGCUCUUGGAAGAAGAGGCCAGUAUGAGAUGCUGUCGGAGUGCUUAGAAAGAGCCAUGAAGUUUGCCUUUGAGGAGUUCCACCUCUGGUACCAGUUUGCCCUCUCAUUGAUGGCUGCAGGAAAAUCUGCCCGAGCUGUGAAGGUGCUGAAAGAGUGCAUCCGCCUAAAGCCGGACGAUGCCACGAUCCCGCUGCUCGCUGCCAAGCUGUGCAUGGGUUCCCUGCACUGGUUGGAAGAGGCUGAAAAUUUUGCCAAAACUGUUGUGGAUGCGGGAGAGAAGACGUCUGAGUUCAAAGCUAAAGGCUACUUAGCGCUGGGCCUGACGUACAGCCUGCAGGCCACUGACGCUUCUCUGCGAGGGAUGCAGGAGGUCCUCCAGAGAAAGGCGCUGCUUGCAUUUCAGAGGGCCCACAGCCUGUCACCGACAGAUCACCAAGCCGCCUUCUAUCUGGCUCUGCAACUCGCCAUCUCCCGGCAGAUCCCAGAGGCCUUGGGGUACGUGCGCCAAGCUCUUCAACUUCAAGGUGAUGAUGCUAACUCAUUGCACCUGCUCGCCCUCCUGCUGUCCGCACAGAAGCACUACCACGAUGCCCUGAACAUCAUCGACAUGGCCCUGAGCGAGUAUCCAGAAAAUUUUAUACUACUGUUUUCCAAAGUGAAGUUGGAGUCACUCUGCCGGGGCCCAGAUGAGGCACUGCUCACCUGCAAGCACAUGUUACAGAUAUGGAAAUCUUGCUACAACCUCACCAACCCCAGUGAUUCUGGGCGUGGAAGCAGCCUCUUGGAUCGGACCAUUGCAGACAGACGGCAGCUCAACACCAUCACUCUGCCAGACUUCAGUGAUCCUGAGACAGGCAGCUCACCAGAAGCACAUUUUCAUGGUUUUCCCUCCCUCUUUUCAGUUAGCUCUGUGCAUGCCACAUCGGUAGCAGCCUCCAGAGUGGAGCAGGCACUGUCAGAAGUGGCCUCAUCUCUACAGAGCAGCGCCCCCAAGCAGGGUCCACUACACCCCUGGAUGACGCUGGCACAGAUCUGGCUCCACGCAGCUGAAGUAUAUAUUGGCAUUGGGAAGCCUGCAGAAGCCACGGCCUGCACCCAGGAGGCUGCCAACCUCUUCCCAAUGUCACACAAUGUCCUGUACAUGCGGGGCCAGGUCGCGGAGCUCCGAGGCCACCUGGAGGAGGCCCAGCGGUGGUAUGAGGAAGCCUUGUCCAUCAGCCCCACCCACGUGAAGAGCAUGCAGCGACUGGCCCUGAUCCUGCACCAGCUGGGCCGCUACAGUCUGGCUGAGAAGAUCCUCAGAGACGCCGUGCAGGUCAACUCCACUGCCCAUGAGGUGUGGAACGGGCUGGGCGAGGUCCUCCAAGCUCAGGGCAACGACGCAGCCGCCACCGAGUGCUUCCUCACCGCCCUGGAGCUGGAGGCCAGCAGCCCUGCCGUGCCCUUCACCAUCAUCCCCCGGGUGCUCUGAGCCAGGCCCCGCCAGCCUCACCUACUGCUGCUGCUGGGGCAGCUAGGGGUGCCUGGAGGCCCCGUCCCCGGAGGCCCCCCACUCUGCAGCAGGGGGCGGGGCCUCCAGGACAAUCCUGCUGACCCGAGGGUCCGUCAGCCACCCUGAGGCCCUGAUGGAUGUCCCAGGGCCCGCAGGAAAGGAACAAAACCACCCUGCAUCACCGCCUCACCUCUGCGUCCCCCUCCACUCACACACACACCUCCCCGGUCUUUGCCAUCCCAGGGAUAGUUCCUGAACCUGUUGACAACGUGCUCAAUGGAUGACGUGCCAUAUUUUGUUAGUUAACAUGAAGUUUUCAGUAAAAAAAAAAAAUCAUGGAAUUAUUCAGCACACAUAGGAGACUUUAUUCCAAAUGAGAAGGCAGUGGCAGAAUAGCUUAUUUUUCUCAGAGCUCUCCCCUUCCCUCCCCUCCCACCGCUCCUGCCCUAGCGUGGCCCCCAGAAAACCAAAUGUGAAUCUUGCCUCCCACCUCAGCGCUCGUCCUUGCCGGGACACCAGCCAACAACCUCCUGGUCUCAUUGUCCAUCGUUAAACCACGUGGCGAAUUACUGCCUCACCCACAACCAAGCCCCGAAACCAAGAAUAUUUAUAUUUUACCAAUAUAUGCCCGUGACAAGAGAAGGAAAUAUGAGUUAUUUAAGUUUAACUUUUUUAUGUGAAUCCAGAGUUUAUUUAUCGAUGGAAAUAUGUACAAAGAAGCUGCAAAUGGAAUAUUUACCGACAUUCCUUAUACGUGACAGACACUUGGCUAUAAACGGGAAGAUGAUGUUAAUAAUAAAAAUGAUUUUUAAA